AUGGACACACCGUCAUCCGGCACAGCGACGCCUCCAGACCUGGAGCAUGGAAAGAAGGCUUCGAUCGAGAAGAGACUGACUCUUACAUUCCGAAAUCUCAACAUUCGAGUUACGGCACCCGAUGCAGCGCUGGGAAGCACGAUUCUAUCCGAAGCGGAUCCGCGACAGUUUCUGGAUUUCUUCCGUCGGAACAAGCAACCAAAGAGAACGAUCCUCAAAGAUGUAACGGGACAGGUUAAACCAGGAGAAACUAUGCUUGUCCUUGGGCGUCCUGGUUCCGGAUGCACAUCACUUUUGCGCGUUCUAUCCAAUGACCGAGCUUCGUUUGAUGAAGUAGACGGUGAGACCAGGUAUGGAAGUGCUGAUCAUAAUGAGGCAAAAGGGUUCCGUCAGCAGAUCAUGUUCAACAAUGAAGAUGACUUGCACUUCCCAACCCUCACCGUAAAUCGUACCAUGAAGUUUGCAUUGCGAAACAAGGUCCCAGCGGAACGUCCCGAACAUCUCCAACAGAAAGAAGGAUAUGUAAAGGAUAAAAGAGAUGGAAUUUUGGAAUCUCUUGGUAUCUCUCAUACCCAGAAAACGCGCGUGGGAAAUGAAUUCAUCCGUGGUGUGUCUGGAGGAGAGCGCAAACGUGUGUCGCUGGCAGAAAUGAUGGCUGGACAGAGCCCCGUUCAAUUCUGGGACAACCCAACCCGUGGCCUCGAUUCAAAAACAGCGGCCGAAUUCGGAUGCAUGCUGCGCCAGGAAGCCGACACUAAUGGUAAGACCAUCGUCGCCACAAUGUAUCAAGCCGGAAACACUGUCUAUAACCAAUUCGACAAGAUCCUCGUGCUGGCAGAAGGCAGAGUGAUCUACUAUGGCCCCCGCAGCAUGGCCCAACAGUACUUCGAGGAUCUCGGAUUUAUCACCCCCAGAGGCGCCAAUAUUGCCGAUUUCCUCACGUCUGUCACGGUACUCACGGAGCGAAUUGUCCAGCCCGGAUUGGAGGAUAAGGUCCCAAGUACCCCUGAUGAGUUUGAAGCGCGCUUCCGCGAGACUGCAAUUUACAGUCAAGUGAUGGGUGCGAUUGAACCGCCGGAGAAAUUGACGCACGAGAUCGAGGAUAUGAAGCUGGCGGUGUCUACCGAGAAGAGAAAGCAGCAUUUUCCUCGUUCGCAAAGUGUCUACACGGCUAGUAUCUGGGAACAAAUCCAGACUUGUACUCUCAGACAAUUCCAGAUCAUGGCUGGAGACAAAUUAUCCCUCUGCAUCAAAGUAGUCUCCGCCAUUAUCCAGGCCCUCGUAUGCGGCAGUUUGUUCUACGAUCUGAAAGGCGACAGCAGUUCCAUCUUCUUGCGACCCGGUGUACUCUUCUUCCCCGUUCUCUAUUUCCUGCUCGAAUCUCUGUCCGAAACCACCGCGUCCUUCAUGGGCCGUCCGAUCCUUGCCCGGCAAAAACGAUUCGGUUUUUAUCGUCCCACGGCUUUUUGCAUUGCCAACGCAAUCACGGACAUUCCGGUGGUGAUGGUGCAGGUUUCAUGCUUCUCGCUGAUUCUCUACUUCAUGUCAGCGCUACGAAUGGAUGCUGGCCGAUUUUUCACGUUUUGGAUUAUUGUCAUUAUGCAGACGUUGAGUUUUAUUCAACUUUUUCGGGCCAUUGGUGCUGUGUGCAACAAAUUCGGAAAUGCGUCCAAGAUCUCUGGGUUGUUGUCGACCGUUUUCUUCGUUUAUGGAGGUUAUUUAAUCCCCUUCGAGAAAAUGCACGUCUGGUUCCGAUGGAUCUUCUACUUGAACCCCGGAUCAUACGCCUUCGAGGCACUGAUGGCAAACGAGUUCGUCGGCUUGCAACUCCAAUGUAUCGAGCCGGACUAUAUCCCCUACGGCAAUGGAUAUUCUGACUCAAAGUACCGGGGAUGUUCUGUCCUCGGAAGUAACGAAGAAGGCAUGAUCGACGGAGCCGCUUAUAUCCGCCAGCAGUACAGCUACUCCGUGCACCAUAUCUGGAGAAGCUUCGGAAUCUUAGUCGGCUUCUGGGCGUUCUUCAUUUUCGUCACGGCACUGGGAUUCGAGCUACGCGACAAGCAGGGUGGUUCUUCGGUGCUUUUGUACAAGCGUGGCAGUCAGAAGCGAGGACCUGGAGGACAACAGAAACGGCCAAAAGUAUUGGCAGAUGCCCUUCAGCAGACAGGGAAGCAUUCAACGUUUACUUGGAAUAACCUCGACUACUAUGUUCCUUUCCAAGGCGAGAAGAAGCAACUUUUGCACAAGGUCUUUGGCUAUGUUAAGCCUGGAAACUUGGUGGCUCUUAUGGGAAGUUCUGGAGCCGGAAAGACAACUUUGCUCGAUGUGCUCGCCCAAAGGAAGGACAGCGGUGAAAUUUAUGGUUCAGUCCUGAUUGACGGAAGACCCCAAGGUAUCAGCUUUCAGAGGACCACCGGCUACUGCGAGCAAAUGGAUGUCCACGAAGGAACAUCAACGGUCAAGGAAGCGCUCAUCUUUUCUGCUCUGCUACGGCAGCCCUCGACGGUGCCACGCGAGGAGAAGAUUGCUUAUGUGGAACACAUAAUCGAGCUUCUAGAACUUCAUGACAUCAGUGAUGCUCUCAUCGGAGUUCCUGGUGCGGGUCUGAGUAUCGAGCAGCGCAAACGAGUUACUCUGGGAGUCGAAUUAGUCGCCAAACCGACUCUCCUCUUCUUGGAUGAACCGACUUCCGGUCUUGAUGGCCAAUCGGCAUACAACAUUAUCCGGUUCCUCAGGAAAUUGGUUGAUGGCGGACAGGCCGUUUUGUGUACUAUCCACCAACCUUCAGCAGUUCUGUUCGAUGCAUUUGACUCUUUGCUUUUACUAGCAAAGGGCGGAAAGAUGGCAUAUUUUGGCGAGACUGGCAAGAACUCAGAUAAAGUGCUUGACUAUUUCGCCAGAAACGGAGCUCCCUGUCCUCCAGGCGCCAAUCCUGCGGAGCACAUCGUCGACGUUAUUCAAGGAAAGGCGAAUGCAAAAGUCGACUGGGUAGAAACCUGGAGUCAAUCGUACGAGCGCCGAGAUGCGAUGAAUUCAUUGGAGACCUUGAAUGAUACCGGCAAAGCCAACCCUAAUUAUGAGGAAGAUCAGACCGACUUUGCGACUUCGAAAUGGUUCCAAUUCAAGAUGGUUUGGCAACGAUUAAUGACCCAACUUUGGCGGUCUCCGGACUAUAUGUGGAACAAGAUGAUCCUCCACGUCUUUGCCGGCUUGUUCAGCGGUUUCACUUUCUGGAAGAUCGGAGAUGGUACAUUUUCGCUGCAGCUCCGGUUAUUCGCCAUCUUCAACUUCAUAUUCGUCGCGCCGGGAUGUAUCAACCAGAUGCAGCCGUUCUUCUUGCAUAACCGGGACAUCUUCGAAACGCGGGAGAAAAAGUCGAAAACGUAUCACUGGAUAGCGUUCAUCGGAGCCCAGGCCGUCUCUGAAAUCCCGUACCUAAUUAUAUGCGCUACUUUAUACUUCGCCUGUUGGUACUUUACCGCGGGCUUUCCAGUCGCCUCCAGCAUCUCGGGACAUGUGUACCUGCAGAUGAUCUUCUAUGAGUUCCUAUACACCUCGAUCGGUCAGGCCAUUGCCGCGUACGCGCCCAACGAAUACUUCGCAGCGAUCAUGAACCCGGUCCUCAUCGGUGCCGGCAUGAUCAGUUUCUGUGGUGUGGUGGUCCCGUACUCGCAGAUGCAGCCCUUCUGGCGAUACUGGAUGUACUACCUGGACCCCUUCACAUAUCUGGUCGGUGGCUUGUUGGGCGAAGUUCUCUGGGACGUCAAGGUGCACUGUGAGCCGUCGGAAUGGGUGAACUUCGACGCCCCUCCGGGGCAGACGUGUGGAGAAUACAUGGCCAACUUCCUCUCUGAACAGGCCGGGUACCUUAUGGAUUCCAAUGCCACGUCGACGUGCUCGUUCUGCCAGUAUUCCACUGGCGCGGAUUAUGCCAAGACGUUUAAUUUAAAGGAGAAGUACUACUCUUGGAGAGAUACCGGAAUCACUGCCCUGUUCUGCAUCAGUUCUUAUGCCUUGGUGUUUUUGAUGAUGAAGCUCCGAAGCAAGAAGACAAAAAGUGCCCGAUCGGAGUAA